GAUGUAGGUUUCAUAGCACGCGUGGAUUAGCUAAAUAAACCCCACAAUCAAAAGGGGAUGGGAACGGCUAAGGAUCAGGAACACAAACAAUCAAGUGCAGCCUUCACAAUUUCUUUAAGUUCUUCACUGCAAAUUGCAGCCUACAGCUUCUGUGUAAUUCAGACCGAAAAAGCAGUCGUUGCCUCACAACUUGAGGAAUUUGAUCCGCUGCCGGAGAAACUAAAGGGGGCUGGAUUAAAAAGACUGCACGGUGCUCAGCCUGUCUGCCAUGGUCUCGGCUCCUCCACUCUGCAGCAGUGUGCACGACUGGGUCAACAACGAUCACAUCCGGAUGUGUGGGAUCAACGAGGAAAGCAGGAGAGCGUCCUUCACAGAAGAGGAUUCAACUAACACAGCCUCACAGCGAACAGUUGUGAAGGAAUGUUGUGUUACCAGCACUCUUACGCAGGAUGACUCCCCUCAGGUGAACAAUGGCGAUGGAAGCACUGUUAACAAAGAAGUCAGUGCUUCUAAAGAGGUUCCGGAGAGCAUCACUGGGGAUCCACCACCAGACACCCCAUCCUCAGAGCUCACACAGGAGAAGCAGGCCACACCCUCUGAUCCAUCGAGCCAGCAGCCAGAGCCGGACAGCUCUCAGAACUCCAGAAGUCCAGAUGUAAUUCACAAGGACAGCAGGUUAACAACGUUCCCUGAAGCCCUUCCUGUCCAGCUACAGAACUGCACCUCCUCAUCUUACCGCUCCCCCGUCAACAGAGCACUUUACCAGAAAGCUGAAGCUCCCAAACCAAGCUUGGAUGGAGAUGCAUCCUUUCUGGGGCAGCCAUGGCCCCGUUGGAAAGUGGACGGUUCGGCUUUGCCUCUGAACCCGAGCUUGAACGCAGCCAACCCUGCAAAGAGAAUUAAUCUACCAGCAGCCCAGGCCCAGCCAUUGGUUAAUCUUCCACCAGCAUUUCAAUGCCCUCCGGUUUUUAACCAAGGCCAACCCCUGGCCUUUCUGCCGUCUACAAACUAUGUACCCCCUCUGUGUAAGGUGACACUGCCUGCCACUUUGAGCCCCAUAGCAGCGUUAAGAGAAGCAACAGCAUCCCAGUUCAUGCUAGACCGACAGCACCACAACUCGAGUCCCAGCAUGACGACGCAGCUGCGUUCCUAUCCUUACCAUUUCUCCGUGAGCAGAACCCUCUCUGUCAAUCCCAAAUCCCCUUCCAGUAAUGACAAGCCUCUGUGUAGCAACUCUCCCUCCAGCUCUGCAUCUAGCAGCAAGCAUUCCAAACCUGCCACAGAGUUCUACUCCCCUCCUGUUUCUGUGGCGUCAUCCGUAGCGCUUCCUUUGAAGCAGCCCAUGUUGGCUUCUGCCCCCCCUCCUCUUCCUCUGUCUUCUAAUUCUCCGAUCUGCUACCGCCCUACCAGCACCCUCACUCUGACCAGCCUGCCGAGCCAUGUAGAACACAGGCCCCUACAACACUGUGUUGAUAAACCCUCCCUGGCCUAUACUCGGUUGCAAUCUCCACCUCGUCUUGAGGAACAGACAGUUGUCCCUCCGCCUGAAGUCAGGGACCUGCCUCUUGACUUGUCUGCCAAGUCCAAGCGUUCGAAGAUGCCAAAAGACCUUCGGAAGACACCGCCAAUGCCAGUGCUAACCCCAGCAGAGGGGGGCAGGAGCGAUUCCGCAUUUGUGAAGCGAUUACCUCAAAGCCACACCGCCAAUUUGGGUGUAGCACCUCCUUUUGUGGUCUUUCCGGACUUCUUAAGAAACGGUGGUGCUCUUCCAAAGAAGUCUGGGGACCGUUUGACUUCCCAGUCACUGGAAGCCUCUGGAUCCUGGGCUAAGAACCCUCUACAGAGCUCCAUCAGUGCUGUACCAGGAACUUACGUUGGGGUGGCUAACCCAGUUCUGGCUUCCACUCUGCGGGGCAAAGACGGCAAAGGUGCUUUUGUGGAUGAUCUCCUUAGCAUCGCAAAGCAGGAAACCAUCUCCAUCGUCGACCAAGGAGAGAAGAUGACCUUGGCAUGUGGGGGAAAGAAGACACCCCAUGUGACCAAGGAUGUCCCCCAAAGGUUGGUCUCCAGGAGCCCCAAAAACAAUGGUUUUCCAGUAGGCAAUGUGCUGAGUCCAUCCAACGAUGCAUCUCCGAUAGCCUUAUCGGUUCCCACUGCUUUAUACCCUCAUUACAAACUCACUAACGGCAAAUCUCUGGGCUCAACGCCACCCCCUGAAGAUAGACCUGUGCUCCAGCAGCCAGCACUCCUGCCUAGCACUUGCAUCUCCUCGGCACAGACAAACCCCAUCCCUGGAGGUCUUAAGGACAGGGUGGCCAGCAGCAGUGAAAACAGCCUUUUGCAAAGCACUCCUCAUCUCGCUGCUCCCUUAAAUUCCCACCAAGGAGCAGAAGAGAAGGGGAAGAAAGUCCGGACCCCCUUGUCCAACCUGGAGUCCAUAGUUAAAAGGAAAUCGAUGGAGGUGACAGGGGCUGCUUGUGGGGAUGAUUGCAAGCAGAUGACUUUAGACUCCAAAAAACCUGACGCAGCCUCCAGCACUGAAAACCAGACCAGAUCUAGAGAAGCAAGCAUAGCGCAUUUGCAUCCCAAAGCAGAGAAAGGAGAUCCUAAGUGUGAUGAGAGACUGACCGAACUCAAACGAGAUAAAGGACAUACUUCAAAUAGUACCCCAGGACACUCGGCCGGGGAAGGUAAAGGUGAUCCCAGACUUGCGGAGGAGGGCUUAGCUGUCUCUAGAUCGAGUGACCUGACUCUGGACAGCUGUAGCAAGAAGGAGACUGCUGUUGGCGAAUCUGAAAGCAGCCAAGAGCUUGAAGAGUUGGGGGUGAGAGAGGAGGAUCAGAAGUCUAAGGGUCUCUCUCCCUGCAUGAAGCUGGAAGGGAUUGCUCUAUCCAUCUUGAAGGAGCAGUGCGCUGCUGCUGCCGAAGGGGAGAAGAAAAAUGGAACCAAAGAGCCCAGGAAGCCAGCGAAGGUAAAGGGAACAGUCGGCAAAAAGAAAGGACCCGCAUUGAAAAAGCAGGCAGAACAUUCACCCGCCUCGGAGAAGAAGAAAGCAAAGUGCAUUCACAAACUGAAAGAGGAGGGAAGCAAUACCAUGGAACAGGAGCCUCUGCUAAAGAAGCGAAGGAAGAGGAGGGCGUCUGCUUUGGAGGAGAGUGUGGGGGAAACACAAACUGAAGAACUGAAGAGGAAAAGGAGGAGACGGGGGAGAAUGCCAAAGCUGGGACCUGCAUCGCUGAAGGACACAGGUGGCUGUCCGGGGAACGAGGACCAUGAUCGCACUUUGCAGGAAGAUGAGCAUGUGGACUGGCCGGCUAAGGAAGGGGUGCCCGUGGAGACCACCCCCAAGCUGAGGCGUGGCCAGCGGACCACGGCUCGCAAAGACCCCAGGAGCCCCUCACCCCUCACCCCCCACCCACGCAAGCCGCCGGAGCGCCCGCGAGCAGCCAGGGGCAGACCUCGAGCCAGCGCGGCGGGGCUGGAGCAGGCAGGGGUGGGGUACGAGAGCGCAGAGGAGAGCCCUGCCAGGAAGAAGAGGAAGAGGCGCAGGAACCGCAAAUACCAGAACGGGGAGUACAUCACCUACCGGGAUCAGACAGGAGAGGAGGAGGCUGAGCAGAGCGUCGUCACGACCCGGCGAGCGGGGCGAGCAGAUUUCAGGACUCCGCUGCCUGCGUGUUCCCAGCGGAGCGCGGCUCUGUCCUGUAAGUGUUCCAGCCCGGAUCCCAGUCCAGGGAGCAGCUUCAAGACUCGCUCUGCAUCCCUGCGGAGACUUUCCCAGUCUUCCAGCCCCCAGUGCAGGCAGCCAGAGCAUCACUGCGGCGUCGCCGGGAAGGAGCAGACGGAAAAGCCUUUGGGAAAACGAAAGUGCAAAACAAAGCACUUGGGUGAUGCAGAGGAGAAAAAGCUCAAGAUUAAGAGAGGAAGUCCAGUCAAGCACUCUGGCGGGCUGGAACGGGACCGCCCCUCUCCGAGGAAGUCCCAGAACUGUGGCUCUCCCGCUGUGGUCCCCAAAAGCACUUGGUCUCCCCAGCGUGGCAGGAGAAGCAGCGUGGCCAAGGGGGCUGCUCCGGAGACCCCCACGGGCAGGCCUGUCCCGCCAGAGGCACGGCGACUGAUUGUGAACAAGAACGCUGGAGAGACGCUCCUGCAGAGGGCAGCACGGCUCGGAUACCAGGAGGUGGUGCUCUACUGCCUGGAGAAGGAGGUGAGUGAGGUCAAUCACCGUGACAACGCCGGCUACACAGCCCUGCACGAGGCCUGCGCCCGAGGCUGGGUCAGCAUCGUCAGGUUACUGGUGGAGCACGGCGCUGAUGUCAACUGCAGCUCGCAAGAUGGGACAAGACCUAUUCACGAUGCUGUUGCCAACGACAACCUGAAUGUGGUUCAAAUCCUGCUGUCCCACGGGGCUGACCCCACGCUCGCCACAUAUUCGGGACAGUCGGCUAUGAAACUGGCCAGCAGCCAGCCCAUGAAAGUGUUUCUGACUGAGUACUUUACAGAUUUACUGGAUCGCAGUGAGGACGAUCCGAACAUCCGCUGGGAUUUCUACAGCAGUUCUGUGUUCGAGACGGACAAGGAGGUGUUCUGGGAUUUCUUACUGACCCCCCCAGCCGAGGAGGAGGAGGAGGAGGAAGAUGAGGACUCGGGCUCCUUCCUGUUUGAGUUCUCACAGGAGCCACUGCUGCCCUGCUACAGCAUCCAGACCUCCAUCUCUCAGAGCUCCUGCAACUGGCUGCUGCUGUCGGACGUUCUGAAGCGACUCAAAGUUUCUGCACGGAUAUUUCGGGCUCGAUACCCUCACUUUGAGAUCACCAGCAUCACAGAGGCAGAGUUUUAUAAACAGGCAUCUGCAAGCCAGCUAAUGCAGCCACCCAAAGACCUGCAGGAUCCCGUUGAGCUGGUGCGCUGUGUUCCGGACUUGCUUGGGCUGCUGGGCUCCUCCAUACAAAUAUUAAGAGGAGAAGCGGACACAACCAUCAAUACCAACCGAUAAAUUCCUUGUGGUUUAUCACUUGUGAUUUUCGUUCCUUUGCUUUGCUGCGUAUCUGGUAAGGGGCAGGGAUCAGGUGUUGCCACCGUUUUUCCUGCAAGGGGGUGGCCGUCAUUCACACUGAGGGCUAGAGAAACGUUCUGAUAUUCAGUAUUUAAAAUGAUUUGUAUGAAUUAGAUCGAUCAUUAUACAUACAGUGUUUAAAAAAAAAAAAAAAAAAAAAAAAAAAAGUUUUUAUCCUCAAGCCAGUGCUCCUCUAAUAGAAUCCUGUUUUGGUUUUGUUUUUUAAAUAAUAUAUUUUUGGUGAAGAUGAUAGCAGAGUUGUUGUUGUUGUUGUUGUUGUUGUUGUUGUUGUUGUUGUUGUUGUUGUGUUAGUUUCCUGAAGUGUUCUUGUUUUCCAAAUUGAUUUGAAUAUUCUCAGAGAGAGAAAGAGAGAGAGAGAG